GACGACAUUUCUCGGUAGAGAAGAGUUGUUCAUGCAAGAAUUGGGUAGGCCUACAUGUAUAUUAGUAAUGGUGUGGUAUUGGGAAGCUAAACAAUUGCAAUACUUGCGCAGUAUAAAUCUCUGCUGUCAUGGAAAAAACAUUCUUCCUUCCUGUCUGCUUCUCCUGGCGAUAGCAGAGUAUCCCGUGACCAGACUUCUAAUAACUGCGGGGGGAAAAGUCAAUCAAUUCUGGCUGAAUAACUAGAGGGAGGGGACGGUUGAGUUUAUUCCCAAAGGAGACUUGCAUUGUUUUACAAAUGAUGUUUGUUAAUCAUACACAGGUCUAAACUCCCACUGAACUUUUGAUAUUUGAAGUGAACACAUAUUUUCUGCUGCCACUUCUGCCUCUCGGUCAAGUGGAGGACAACACCAUGACCGCUAUUCAGAUAAAGGUCCCAGGAGGAGCACCCCGACAGAGGAAGGCCCGGCCUCUCUUCCUGGAGGUGUUGACCCGCAGCCUGAUCAUCCUCUGCACGGCCCUGGCCAUUGUCCUCUCCUCCAUAGCCGUAUGCGACGGCCACUGGUUGCUGGCGGACGGCGGGAGGAUGUUUGGUCUGUGGCACUUCUGCACCCUGGAGGCAGUGGUGGAACAAACAGCCUCACCUAACUGCACCACCCACCUAGGUGUAUCUGGGGUGGCGGUGGGCCUGGGCCUGUGUCGCUCUGUGGUCUCCCUAGCCGUGGUGGGAGCCAUCUUUGGCCUGGAGUUGCUGGUCAUAUCGCAGGUGAGUGAGGGCCGGGACUCGGGCCGGAGGUGGAGCCUGGGGUCAGCUCUAGUGCUGGUUGCGGCGGUGCUGUCGUCGGGGGGAGUGGUGGUGUUUGUGGCUCUGCUCUGGCAGCACGCCUCUCCCUUGGGCUUCACCCUCACCUUCUGGUGCCAGUUUACCGCAGUCUUCCUGCUCUUCCUCAACGGCACAGCAGCGCGCCACAUCCAUCACAUGGCCCUGCGGGCACCUCCUGGAGGCCGCCUGGGGAAAUGCUAGAGGUGAAAGAGCACAGGGAAUCCAGUAGUGUCCAGCUACAGUAGUACUGCAGAAGGCAUUUUCAUGUUCCAAACACACAGACGUCCCAGGAACAGUGAUUUCCUGUUGGGUUUAGGGUUACGCCCAGGGUUGAGGACUGUGGAGUACAGUGGACAUCAGGACAACUCUGGGUCUUUUGGAAUGGAUCAGCUGUAUGUAUGAUUCCUCAAGGCCUUGUGCAUGUGCAGCUUGUUAAUAACACAUACUGGGAACAGUAAACAAGACUGCUACCUGUCUAUAUGCAGUCAAAUCAUCUUCAUUUUUGUGUGGAAAUACAGCUCUUGAUUGUG